GGUUUCGUCGCUCGGGUUCGUCGCUUGUGAUCGCGCGAAGCAACGAAGCAACAUGAUCGGCAGCGACUACGUGCUCGAGGCACACAACAUCUACCACACCACGGAGGUGGACACCGGCGGUUGCUUCAAUGGCGGCGGCCAAUCGGCGCUCGUCCUCAAGGGAGUGCAUCUAACCGUGCACAGCGGAGAAGUGAUGGCCAUCCUUGGGUCCAAGGGUAGCGGCAAACGGGCCCUGCUGGACGUCAUCGCUCGGCGCUCCGAUGGCUCCUCCCGGGGCCAGGUGCUGCUGAAUGGGGCGCCACUCACAAAGUCGUUGUUCCAGCAACGGUGUGGCUACGUCACGCAUUCCUGUGACUUCAUCCCCGGGCUGACCGUUUCACAGACGCUGCACUACACCCCGACGAUCCUGGGCGGCUACCUGAAAAGCUCGAAAGUCCGGCAAGUGCUGGCCGACCUGGCGCUGUCGCAGGUUUCGCACAAGAAGGUGGAAAAUCUGAACAUCAGCGAAAGGCGUAGACUUUCCAUCGGCAUACAGCUGGUGCGUGACCCGGUGAUGCUGCUGCUGGACGAGCCGACGCAAGGUCUCGAUCCACUCAGCGCUUACCUCCUGAUCAGCAUCCUGUCAAACUCGGCCAAGAAGACGGGCUGUGGCAUUCUGCUUUCGCUGGAAAAGCCCCGAUCGGAUGUGUUCCCGUUUCUGGACAGGGCUCUGUUCCUGUGUCUGGGUGGAGCAGUGUAUUCGGGAGGUACCAGAGCAAUGCUGGAGUAUUUCCACGGCAUUGGAUUCCCGUGCCCGCAGCUUGAGAACCCACUCAUGUACUAUCUCUGCUUGUCGACCGUCGAUCGCAGAUCCCGCGACCGAUUUCUCGAGUCGAGCCAGCAAAUUGAGGCCCUGGUGGAACGGUUCGCCCGCGAAACACCAAUACCGGAAGCGCCCAUCAACCCGAUCGGUAGUGGAAAAAUUCCUCUUGCCUACGGAAAGCCCGGCGAGCUGAAGGUGUGGGGCAUUUUGUACCUGCGCCUUCUUGCUGCUACCUUCUCCUGUGGUUACGCCGGAAUGAAAGCCCUGUUUCUGCGCCUGUUGGCUCUGCCGGCAGCGAUGGGAUUGCUGUGGCUGUUCUAUGGUCAAAUCGGUGACGAUUCGCACGGAUUCUUCAGCAAGAGCGGCCUCAUAAUGAACGUCCUUGCACUGAGCUACGGUGUCGGCAUUUGGGCAACAAUAACACUGUUUCCUCCGUGGAGAAAACGUUUCAGCCAGGAGUACGCGGAAGGCUUGUACACCGGCGCGACAAUGUUGAUUGCGUACAACGUGGUGGCGAUUCCGUUUUCGUUCGUAUCGUCAGCAGCGGCCGCCUGCGCGCUGUACCCACUGGUACUCGACCCAGCCACGCCGGACGGUAUGACCUUCAUGUAUCUGCUCAUCGCCAUCUGGACCAGUUUCAUGUUGGCCGAGCAGCUGUGCGUCAUGUUCCUGUUGGUGAUGAAGUCGCAGCUGAACGCGGCCAUUGCCGUUUCCUACAUUUUGAUCGUUUGUCUUUCGCUGGCCAGUGGCACCUUACGAUCCACCAAAGGGCUUGCCGGAUGGCUGCAGGAUAACGCCAAGGGAGUUCACACGAAGUACGCCAGUUCCCUGCUCCACACGGCCUCGUUUCUGGGACGGAAAAUGAACUGCACCCCGGCGAACGGGAUCGUGUGCCCUUCGCCGGCCGAUUUCCUGCUGGAUAGAAUUGGACGUGCGAAUCCACAGGAAACGACCGAUAUUGCUGCCAGUGUUGCCUUUGCCUUGGGUCUCUGUGCCUUCAACAUGAUCCUCUAUCUGCUUCCGAUGCCACGCUUCGUACGCAGGAAGUUUCGCGAAUAAUGUAUCGAAGUAGAGGGUUACAAAAGCCCACAGAAUUGUA